CACCGUUCGCUCAGAACCUACUAUUAGCGCGAUUGUAACGUCGCGUUGGUACUCACCUGCUUGAAACAGAGAGGCCGGCCAAGACGCAACUUCUCCGCUCUUCGCCGCCGCCGUUUGCAUGGGUAGAGUAUUAAUUGUGUGCUUCCCCUCUGUUUGCGUUCCAGCAGGCAGCCCGUUCUCCCGCUCGUCAACCUGCAAUCGACCCAUUAGUCACUUGUCACUAUGAGUUCUGCCGGAGGACCCAACAUGGUCGACAUGGCCAUGUCCGCUGAGCCCAAGAUCGCCACACCACUGUACGAGUUGAGCGAGAAGCAGGCCCUCGCGCACUCCAGCAACUCAUCGAGUGUCGCCGCGCCCCCCGUCGAGUUCGAGGCCGACUUGGAGGGCGAAGAGCCCACCGCAGAGGAGCUCAUCACGUUGCGCCGUGUUUCAGGCAAGAUCCCAUGGACUGCUUACACCAUCGCCAUUGUCGAGCUUUGCGAGCGUUUCGGUUACUACGGGUCCCAGGUGUUAUACACCAACUUUGUUCAACAGUCACUCCCCGUGAUCGAUGGCGUUGUUUCGAGGACUGGAAAGGACCCACGUACUGAGGGUCAGCCUGGUGGUCUCGGUCUGGGCCAGCGUGCCUCGUUCGGUAUCGGUACCUUCAACUCUUUCUGGGCCUACACAACGCCCAUCCUCGGUGCCAUCAUUGCCGAUGAGUACCUUGGUCGCUACAACACAAUCUUCAUUGCCAUCGCCUUCUCCAUCAUUGGCCACAUUCUACUGGUUAUCUCGGCUAUUCCCGCAGUGCUCACGAGCGGCAAUGCGAUUGCACCCUUCAUUCUUGGUGUUAUCGUCCUCGGUUUCGGAACUGGCGCUUUCAAGGCCAACGUCUCACCCCUGAUUGCAGAGCAAUACCGCCAGACCAAGCCCCGUGUGGUCAUCGACGCCAAAACUGGCGAUCGUGUUAUCUCAGACCCCAACAUUACCAUCUCUCGCAUUUUCCUGUACUUCUACAUGUUCAUCAACGUUGGAUCGCUCACCGGCCAGAUCGGCAUGGUCUACGUUGAGAAGUAUGUUGGAUUUUGGUUGGCGUGGUUACUCCCCACCCUCCUGUUCUGCUGCUGCCCCUUCGUCCUCUGGUUCUGCAAGGGAAAAUACCAUCUCAGCCCGCCCACAGGCUCAGUCCUUACUCGUGCCAUCAAGCUGUUGUCCCUUGCGACCAAGGGCAAGUGGUCUGUCAAUCCCGUCCAGACUCGCAAGAAUUUCAAGAGCGAACACUUCUGGAAUGAUGUCAAGCCCAGCCACCUUGGCAGCAGCAAGCCUAGAUGGAUGCAGUUUGACGACGCCUGGGUCGACCAGGUUGCUCGUGGUCUCCGUGCCUGUUCUUGCUUUACAUGGAUCCCUCUCUACUGGCUCUCCUACAAUCAGAUGAACAACAACUUGGUCUCGCAAGCCGCCACCAUGAGGCUCAACGGUGUACCCAACGACGUUAUUACUAACCUGAACCCCAUCUCGCUGGUCAUCUUCAUUCCUCUCGUUGACAACUUCCUGUACCCCGCUCUCCGCAAGUACAAGAUCAAGUUCACGCCUAUCAAGCGUAUUGCUUUCGGAUUCAUCCUCGCCUCCAUGGCCAUGGUUGCUGCCUGCGUUAUCCAGUAUUACAUCUACAAGGAAGGUCCUUGCGGUAGCCACAUGAACUCCUGCGACGAGAAGGCUGACAUCUCCGUCUGGGUUCAGGCCGUACCCUACGUCCUGGUCGGUUUCUCUGAGAUCUUCACCUCCAUCACUGGUCUCGAGUUUGCCUUCACCAAGGCGCCCAAGAACAUGAGAUCGCUUGUUACUUCGUACUGGCACUUCAUGUCCGCCUUUUCCAACGCCAUUGGUCAGGCUUUCGUCUCGCUAUCUGAGGACCCGCUUCUUGUCUGGAACUACGGUGUCGUAGCCGUGCUCGCUUUCGCCGGUGGUGUUCUAUUCUGGUUCCACCAGCGCGGCACCGACAAGAAGGAAGAUGCGCUCAACAUGCUUCCCGACUCCAACUACGUUGGCCGUGACAGGAGGCACAGCGCAACCGAGGUUGCCAAUUCCACUGCUUAGGCUUGUUAUGUGUUGGAUACGUAUGAUCGAUGUUCCUAACAUGAUAUAACGGUAUGUAAUGCGUCUUGGGAUGCAGAAUGUGGACGCCAUCUCAGUGUGGUAAGGGCCAUGUGAAGUAAGAGUCGAUGAUACCUAUUUGCCUUGAUAGCUUUUUGUUAAUGCACGAGAG